AUGCGUAUACUAUGGUUCUACACUCUUGCUUUGGUUUCGGUCGCAAGUACCUGCUCACCCGGGCCUCUGAUACCGGAUCAGCAUGAAGUCCAAGGAUAUAUACAGCGCCGAGCCGGGUUAGCCUCUGCCACUCCUACUUCCAAGACUGGACUCCGGAAUGUGCACAUAUUCAAUGGACACACCUUCCGCUCGGGCUCGUUGGCGAUGCAGGGAGGCAAAAUCACUUUUGACUUGCACAACGUGGACAGCUGGAUCGAUGGCCAGGACGGAUACCUCAUUCCCGGCCUCAUUGACAGCCACUGCCAUCCGGCCUCGAUCUCAGACUUGGCCACCCUCAGUAGCUAUGGGGUCACCACAGCGAUGAGCAUGGGAUGUCCGUCUUACCCGCUGUGUGCUUCGCUGAGGGACCAACCCGGCUUGACCUCCUUCUUCACAGCCAGUGCGGGUAUCGUCGGCCCCAACUCGACACACGCCCUCGUUAUGCACGUGGACCCGGACACGCUGAUACGUUCGGCGUCCCAGGCACCGCAAUUCGUGUCGUGGGCUUUUGGGAACAACUCGGACUUCAUCAAGAUAAUUGCCGAGACGAACGGUCCGGAUCAAGCCACGCAAGAUGCGAUCGUGUCUGAGACGCACCGGCUUGGACGGCAGGCCAUGACCCACGCUGCGGACAUACGAUCGUACCUCCAGGCGAUUGCAUCGGGGACAGAUGGAAUCCAGCACACUCCCGGGGAUGGGAACAUCACACCAGCCAUGAUCGAAGACAUGAGACAUAAUGGUCAAUUCAUCGUCCCCACCACUACGGUGGUCAAAGCCUUCCUGAACAGCGCAGUCCUCCCACUUUCGUCGUACAACAAUCGAUCCUGGCCAACUGUCAUUGGGAAUUUGAAAAGCAUGCACCGAGCAAGGUUGCCGCUGGUGGUGGGGACAGAUGCUGUCUCUCUGAACGAUCCUUUUGCAGCUUUGGUCAAGAACCCACUGGGGAGCACCAUGCAUGAUGAGUUGGAAGUCUUUGUGAAUGAGGUCGGGUUUGAGCCUGCUGAGGCACUGAGGGCUGCAACGUCCCUACCCGCACGGCUCUUUGGGUUGGCUGAUCGUGGACUGCUAAUGGAGGGGAAGCGGGCGGACCUAGUGCUGCUAGGGUCGAAUCCGUUGAAGAACAUUUCAGCAACUAGGGAUAUUAUGAAGGUAUGGAAUGGAGGGAUCGAAUACAAUUCUGCCGCAUGA